AUGGUGAGCGAGCUCUCGGCAGAUGCAGAGGAAACCGGCUUCAGAGAAGUCGCCUUGACCCAGGAGCGGCAGGAGUCGUCUACAGGCACACGCAGGGGCGCCCUGACCCAGCUGAGGUGGAGUUUCACGAACAGGAGCCUCCUCACUUCUGUCCUGUGGUCAAGAUCCCUACAAGCCACAGAAGGGGACAGCUGGGGACCCGUCCGUCUUGGUGCUUGCAAACAAGCAGCUCAGAUCCUCCUCCUCCUCCUCCUCCUCCUCUUGGGCGGCGUCCAGCGCUUCCGUUCCCAGCCUCAGGGCAUGGCUGCUGAGAGGCCAGAGAGAGCCAGUGGGGAGAAAGAGGGAGCCCAGAACAACAAGGAGGAGGAGGAGAAGGAGGAGACAAAUGUGUUCCUGCCCUGGGAAGACAACUGGAGACCCUGGCCGAAAGCCCGGCGCAAGGUGCACGGUUGCCUGGAGUGCUUCAAGCGGCAGCUCUUCCGAGUCGGGGACNUCCACUGCCUGGGAAGUCCUGCGAGGCGGACAGAAGUGCUGGAGAGAUCCCUCUGCCCCUCUCUGCCAGGCUCCGGGAUCCCUGAACUCAAGACCAUCCUGACUGGCGUCAUCCUGGAGGAAUACCUGGCCAUUGAGAACUUUGGGGCCAAAGUCGUGGGGCUGACCUGCACGCUGGCUUGCGGGAGCACCCUCUUCCUCGGAAAAGUGGGACCCUUUGUUCACCUCUCCAGCAUGCUCGCCGCCUACCUGGGCAAGAUCCGGGCCAGCGUUUCUGGGGAGUAUGAGAACAAGAGCAAGCAGAACGAGAUGCUGGUGGCAGGAGCGGCCGUGGGCGUGGCCACCGUCUUUGGGGCACCCAUCAGCGGGGUCCUCUUCAGCAUCGAGGUCGUGUCCUCCCACUUCGCCGUCCGGGACUACUGGAGGGGCUUCUUCUCGGCAACCUGCGGCGCCUUCAUGUUCCGCCUGUUGGCUGUUUUCAAUAGUGAACAAGAAACCAUCACGGCCCUCUUUAAGACCAGCUUUAAGAUUGAUUUCCCCUUCGACCUGCCGGAGACCGUUUUCUUCACCUGCCUCGGUGUGAUCUGUGGUGUGCUGAGCUGCGCCUACCUCUUCUGCCAGCGCUGGUUCCUGGGCUACGUCCGGAGGAACCCCUUCUCGGCCAGGCUGUUGGCCACCGAGAAGCCCCUCUACUCGGUGCUGGUGGCCUUCCUGCUGUCCUCCAUCACCUUCCCUCUUAGCCUGGGACGAUUCAUGGCCUGCAGGCUGAGCAUGAAGGAGCUGCUCACCUCCCUGCUGGAUAACCGCACCUGGAGCGUCCUUUCCCAGAACGUGUCACUCGACAGCCCUCCGCAGGUGGACCCCCUCAACCUGUGGCAGGAGUGGUGGCACCCCAGCAUCUCCGUUUUCGGCACCUUGUCUGUCUUCCUGGUGAUGAAGUUCUGGAUGCUGGUCUUGGCCACCACCAUGCCCAUGCCCGCUGGGUACUUCAUGCCCGUCUUCAUUUACGGAGCUGCCAUCGGCCGCUUGGUGGGCGAAGCCGUGGCCCUCCUCUUCCCCGGGGGCAUCACUGCCGAAGGGACCCCCAGCCCCAUCAUCCCUGGGGCGUACGCGCUGGCAGGGGCCGCUGCCUUCUCCGGCUCGGUCACCCACACCCUCUCCACCGCCUUGCUGGCCUUUGAGAUGACCGGGCAGAUCGCCCACAUCCUGCCUGUCCUGCUGGCUGUCCUGGUGGCCAACGCCAUUGCCCAGAAGUUCCAGCCGUCCUUCUACGAUGGCACCAUCAUUGUCAAGAAGCUACCCUACCUUCCCCGCAUCCGGAGCAGGCAUAUCGAGUCCUACACGGUCACCACCCGAGAGUUCAUGAACACCGAUUUUGUCAUCCUGGCCCAGGAAGCCACCUUUCACGACAUCCUCCAGGUGGUCACCAUGACGGAUGCCCAGGAGUAUCCUGUGGUAGACAAUGCGGAGUCUCAGAUGCUGCUGGGGGCGAUCCAGCGGUCCAGUCUCAUCCAGUUUCUCCAGAGCCACGAGGAUUCCAGCCUGCCGCAGGAGGAGCCGGGGAAAGAGACUCUGAAAGAAGGCUGCACCAUCAGUCCGGUGAGCCUGCAGCUCUCCCCGUGGACAUCUCUGCACCAGGCCCACAACCUCUUUGAGAUGCUGAACCUGCAGCGGGCUUUCGUCACCCAGCUGGGGAAAGUGGUGGGGAUCGUGACCAGGAGGGAGCUCCGGAAAGCCAUCGAAGAGCUGGCCAACCCCAAAGCCGGGCGAUAGCGGAGCCAGCGGGAGGAGCGUGCAGGAGAGGUGAAGCCGUACGUUGAGUUCCUGGCCUUGGCGACCUGUUACUGCAUGCUAGCGAGAUUCUCCGGCCUGCCUAAAGAAGAAUUCACUA